AUGGCGGCUGCGGCGAAGACAUCGCUUCCCAGUGGUUACGAUCACGAAGCCGGUCGAUCAACCAAGACAGUUACUUUCUACGUAAAUGGUGAUAGAAAUUUCCAAGGGCAUGUAAUGGUUAUUACUCCUAGGAGAUUUCGAAACGUGGAAGGCCUUUUAGACGAGUUACAUCGUUUAACAUACUCUAGACACGUCAAAGACUUACCCCUGGGAGUUCGGUAUCUGUUUUCCCUUGAGAGCGGCGACAGAAUUGACAACCUUGAUCAGUUAAUUGACGGGAAAGCUUAUGUUUGCUCAUCACAUUCACGUCUAAAGAAGAUUUCAUACGGUGGAAAGCCUCCUUUCGCCAACUGGGGCUCCAGACAGCGGAUCGAGCUGCCUAGCUUACACUUAAUGGCAUAUAACGAGACAAAACGACGACCGCUUGGUGUUAAAACAACAGAACACUCGAGACAACGUGAUUAUUCAGACCCAAAAUCCAUCCUUGGCGACGGAAGAGCAAAUCAUGUGAAACCCAAAAUUGUCACCGUGGUCAGAAAUGGCCCUCACAAGCCUCGUACAGCUGUAAAAACGCUCUUAAACAAAAGAACAGCUCAAAAACUUGAGCAAGUUCUUGAUGAAGUUUCUAAUUCCUUUGGAAACACCAGUGGUUUGAGCGCACCGAGAAAACUCUACAAUGUUUCGGGACAGCUAAUAACUGAUGUAAUGGAACUGUUUCGUGACGAAAAUAACAUAUUUAUUGCCGUGGGCAGUGAGAAAUUUAGUCCUGAUGACAUUGCGGAUAUUUUGGAGGACUUUGAACACGGUGCGAGCUCAAAGAAACGUUCCAAACAUAAGGAAUCGAAAGCGAGCAACGAAGGAAUGUUACACAGUAAACAGAAGAAGAACAAAGAGCACGAUCAGGCGAAAACUAUUAACACGGACGAGGAAAGCAAACUUCCAAAGCUUCCGGACAUUCAUGCAAAAGUUGAGAACAAACCAAAACAGGAGAGUAAUAACAAGCCUCAUUUGGCAGCUAAUUCGAAUGCUAAAAGGUCGCAUGUUAAUCAUAAGCCGGCUAAACAUGUCCCCUCACGCAGUCCGGGCAAAAAACAAAAUCAAAACGCGGUGAAACUUCCUCAGAUUGGCAGCAAUAACUUGGUGUCUCAACCAGAGAAAGGAAAUAAAGAAAACGAAGUAAUUUCUAAACCUAGCAACAAGGAAAACGAUGAUGUUGCCGGGGUUAAGAAUGCAAAUAAUGAACUCAGUGAGACGGCGCAUGUAAACACUAAUUUUCCCAGUGCUGACAAGCCGAGCAGAAAGGAAUCGGUUGGCAAGAAACAUAGUGUAGUUAGUAAGGUCAACACUAAGAAAACUUCGAGAGAUGACAGUGGUAUUAUUUCAGAGGCCGAGGUGAAAUACGGAACGGUUACUGACAAAACUGUCGAAGAUGUGUACCUUAUUGGAAAGAAAAUUGGCGACGGAAACUUUGCCGAUGUCCGUGAAUGUACUGACAGAAUAACCAAAAAGGAAUUUGCGUUGAAAAUUGUCGAUAAGAGCAAAAUUCAAGGGAAAGAACAAAUGAUCAGGGACGAAAUAGAUAUCAUGCGAAGAUGUAAACAUCCGAAUAUUGUACGAAUGUACGAAGAUUAUGAUACCACACGACACAUCUAUCUAGUGAUGGAGUUAAUCCAAGGGGGUGAUCUUUUCGAUGCAAUUUCUUCCUCGGUGAAGUUUACCGAAGCUGUCACUCGAAACUACGUCAAGGACAUUGCAAAGUCGUUGGACUAUUUACACAAGAGAAAAAUUGUUCACAGAGAUCUUAAACCGGAAAAUCUACUGGUAAGUCAAUUAGUCUCGUACAUGGUCAUUAUAAUCUUGUAUCUUGGUAACUAAUAAAUUAAAUACCCCAGGGAUUCCCCGCUAGAAGAGGCCUCUUUUCCCUAGUAUUUCGCCCACCAAAUACCAGGGAAAAAAAGCCUCUGCUAGCAGGGAACUCCAGGGAAAACCUUCCCAAUCCCAUCUCGAUAGGACUUUUAUGGAGCCCGAAUUACUGAGUAAUAAUUCCUAACUACGGCCUAUGAAUAACUCACAAUUCUGUACCAUGGCUUUUAACUCUUGUUAUUUAACCGGAACUUGUUCCGAAGCGAACCUUCAUACAAACUUGACCAGAGUUUUACUUAAACGGGGAACAAUCAUUAAAAUAUUCUUCGGCUUUCUUAGAAAACCCCUUUAUUAUUAAAAUGUUACUGGCGUUGAAGGUCUACAUGGAUUCAGUUUGGAGAAAAUGCAACCACAGUUAUAAUGGAAUUGGGCUAAACAGAAAAAUCUUUGAUGUUACCAUGGUUUUAUUUUAUGAAGCUUUUAUCUUUACAUUCUAGAUUUUAUUAAUUAAACAAAGAGGCAGUUUUUAAUAAUAUAACCAAGGGACAGUUGGAUUGGUAAACAAAUUGACAAUGCACUAUCUCGCUUUGUGUUUGCUAAAAAGGCUUAUGAGCAAAAAAAAUUUUAACUCAAUAAUAAAAAUUGGUCCACGCCAAAAAAUUACACCUGCCACGUCGAGAUCUUUCUUUCGCCUUUUUUAAAAAUAAGAUUCCUUUUAUAAAAAAAGACAAACAGGGAAUUCGUUUAUGUACUCAAAUGUCUUCCCAUCUGCCUUUGUCCUGCACCGUUUAGCCAUGUAUUGCCAGCUAUUACUUUGCAAAGCCCCAACUGCACUCUGAAAUUGGCAGCUCGUUUCAAACUUGCGGAUUCAGUGAUUGACUUUUGAGUAGCCGGUUCCAGGCUUUCAGAUUAUGGGGAGGACGCAAAGAGAUAUGAGCAGGAAAAACAGUGAGGGGUAGGGUAGGGAUGAGAGCCUCCCCUCUCCCUCCCCCUCUUCCUCUAUUAUUUUUUCACGGUCUCUGACUUAAUCGCGGAAAGCAAACUUAAAAAUAGAGAGCUUAAGCAACAACGAGGGCGACGGCUACGGGCACGAAAACGUCACUUAAAAAGUGAAUUCGCGCUGCCUCAAACUUCAAUCGAGCUUAUUCCAUCUCGUCUAGUUCGUUUCCAUCUCGUCUAGUUCGUUUUGUUUUGUUUUUGGAGUUGAAUUCUAAAGGAGUUUGUCAAACGUUUAGGAAGAGAAAAAGAAAGUUGUUGUCUUGUGUUCGCGUCCUCCACAAAACGUGGAUUUAGGCACUUUCACGUGGCAGUCGUGCAACGUCUACGACUGCAAAGAAUUGUACUAAAAAGCGUGAUGCACGUGCAAAGUUGUUGACCUAUUCCUUUUUUGCCGUUCUCGUUGCCGUCUUUGUCGUCGUUGCUUAAGUUCCCUAACAGAUCGAAGACAACGAUCAACCCGUGUAAGCAGGGUGCAAAGAAAGUAGUGUCCGAUAGCCCGGGGCGAGUGGAUUUUGUUCUUUACUGUGGGCAAGUGAAGUUUCUUGAGGAGUUCAGAUUACAGAAGAACUGUGAAAUAAAUUCUGCUCAUCAAUUAAAAAUGUUUUUGGGGCUAGUUGAAAUGAGGUUUGGACUUAUCUAGUAUAUGCUUGCUUCAGCUUGCCCGGCCGAAUGGCAAGCUUUAAAAAUGACUUUCUUUGCACCCUGCGUGUAAUAGAAUCCAAGACAGUCUUGGAUUCUCGAUUCUACACCGCGUAUUUCGGAUUCUAAGCACUUGAUUCCAGUCUUUGUUAGUAGAACUUGAUUCUGGAUUCGAAUCGUUAGUGGGAUUCCGGAUUCCAAAGCCCACGAUACCGGAUUCCACAAUCAAAAUUUCCUGGACUCCAGAUUCUAAAUUUCCACAAGCAAAAAUUUUCGGAAAUCCGGAUUCCCAUAUAUGGGGUGACAACGGGCUUAAGGGACGUUACGCUCCCACAACAGUGACGCCAGUUAAAACGUCACUGAAAAUUGACCUCGCGUCCACUUCCGAGCUCAGAGAGAUACGGUAUUUAUGCGUGUUGCCGUUUACGUCCUCGAAAGAGCUUGAAAGUUAGUCAUUUCGCGUCGUAGUUGUUCUGGGGCCAAAGAGAUUUAGCAACGUGAUGCACGUAAAAAGUGGUUGUCUCGCUUACUAAACCUAUUCUUUUUUGACGUACGCGUUGUCGUCUCAGUCAUAGUUUCGUAAAAUGUCUUUGAAGCCGAUGGUAGUAUUGUUCUUCCUUAUUUUCCCCUGAGAUCGUUGAGAGCGAGCGCUCACCAUCACUCCCAGCCAUUCUGAAUCGCUUUCAAAUGUACCGAGAGGACGAUCGUCAAGAUUUAUAGCGGUGGGGAAAGGGAGGCCCCGCCCCCUCCCCUUAUUGAAGUAGAUGACAAGCUAGUCUCGGUCAAGAUGGCCGCCUGUAGCGCUCGUUCUCGACGAUCUUACGGAAAAAUAGGGGACUGUGAACAGUCUAAGCUGAUGGUUGCUCCCGGUAUAAUAGGCUCUUAAUGUAGCCAAAUGACUCUUUAAAAGAGUUGCUGACUUGUAUUUUAUCCCCUUUUUAGGUUCACAAGAAACCUAAUGGUCAAACAAUUCUUAAACUGGCAGACUUCGGCUUAGCAAUGGAGGUAAAAUCACCAAUCUUCACUGUCUGCGGAACACCCACUUAUGUAGCACCAGAAAUCCUCGAGGAAACUGGUUACGGGCUCAAGGUCGAUAUGUGGGCAGCGGGUGUCAUCACCUACAUCAUGCUUUGUGGUUUCCCACCGUUUCGUAGCGCCAAGCGAGACCAGGACGAACUGUUCGACUUAAUUAUGGACGGCGAUUACGAGUUUUUGUCACCUUAUUGGGAUAACAUUUCAAACGAGGCCAAAGACCUCAUCUCGAAACUGCUGGUAGUGAGCCCAAGUAAACGAUACACUGCGGAAGAAGUCUUGGGUCACCCUUGGGUUAAACACACUGGUGUUUCCCGUGAACUCGGCAGUCAAUUUCUCACGUCGCGUAGAAAGUUCAAAGCCGCAGCUCUUGCUGUACAAGGAGCGAAACGGUUUGAAAGCUUGGCGGAACAAUUCCAUCGGCAGCGAGGCGAGAAGGUUUUCGUACGGUAA